AUGGAUCUAUCUGAGGUGUCCCAGCACAACUUAGACAAUGCAGACUUUCUAGCUCAAAAAACUAUUUUAAUCGACCUGAUCCACGAUAUUAAUGUGAAGAUAAAAGAGAGGGAUAAUUUGAAAAAAAAUCGGACUAACAAUCCGAUUGAGAUCAUCAAAAUUGGCAACACAAUCAACAUUAAACUUGAGCAGAUAAUACUGGUACACGAUGCGUUCGUUCAAAUUUACAACAAAAUCGCUAAGACGAAGAAAUUGAAAAAGAAGUACACUGAAGAACAGUUGGAUGACUUCGCUAACUCUGUAAAGAUACUUACUACCCAUGUGUCUGAGUGCGAUGCGGCGGUUAGACACAAAACCGUGACAAUGACCAAGCAGGAACUCUGUAAUCUGAAGAUGAUGGAUCUUGAUAACGAUCCGGAUGAAAAUUGUAACAUAGAACCGAUUAACGAUAAGGACAAAGUUGAAGCGGAAGAAGCUCUAAAUAGAUGGAAACUUCGAGACCAACAAUUCGACGAUCAAAUUAGGGGAAUAGGAGAGGCGGUAGAGAGAAUAGGGGAUGUAGCAUUGGAAAUAAGUGAAAAAUCGCAGGCCCAUGCGCAAAGUGCAAUUAAAACUGCAGAAAACGUAAAGACUACGACUGUUGGAAUUGGCACGUUGUCAGAUCAGAUCAAAAAGAUCAUAAAGAAACAACGCAAGAUAGAGUGUGCAUGUAGGGGUAUUUUGAUGUUGAUAUUUCUAUCUUUAGUAUUUCUACUGGUUGUAUUGGUUAAGAGGGCUUUUUCUAAAAAGUAG